AUGGGUUCGAAACCAUUGCCUGUGUCCAUUGCUCUCAUUAAAAAAUCCGGCCCAGUGCAAGCUGCCACACAAAAACCUCUGACGUCAUCUCUUUCAGGCUGCAGAGCCUCAAACGGAAGUUGCUACGACCAGGGCGCCAUUUUCCCUUACGAGAUCGGGGGCCAGGUACACGACGACUGCACGUGCCAAGUAGCCGGGUACAAACUGAGCUAUAAGUGUGGUUUGAACUCCCCUGCUAACCCAACCGUUGUCGUGGACGCGAGCUACAAAAACUGUACGGUGAACGGACUGACGUACACACACGGCCAGAUGUUUCGUCUGCCCGAGAACUGGCAGUGCGUGGCGUACCGGUGUAUGGAUGGACUUCACAGCAUCAUACAGGAGGGCUGUGUUGACGACAACAGUCGGUGCCGGGUGCCUGGAGAGAAGUUCCCCAUGGAAAUCAACGGAGUGGUUGAGCCAGACUGUACCUGCUCUGACGUAGGUGGAAGGAUCAGCUACACCUGUACCCCUGUGCUGGCCAGUCACAACUGCACGGUCAGCGGCCAGGAGUUCGCUGAUGGCCAGGAGUUUGUGUAUCCGGGUCAGUCCAAGUGUGUGAAGUACAGGUGUGACAAGGGAUCUUACAGGCCUGUCCAAGAAGGUUGUGAAGUAGACGGUGCCUGCCACGCCAUAGGCUCUGUGUUCGAGACCAACUGUGUGCUGAAAGCCUGCAAGAAAACCACAUACCCGGACCGUAGUGUUCUGUCUUCAGAAGUUCUCAUGAGACGCUGCAAAGACGCGGACAACAUCUGUCAGGACCCUGGCACUACCUUCCCACUGGUCAUCAGCGGUCAUCGGUACGAGCAGUGCACGUGUAAUCUGGUCAAUGGAUCUUUGCGCUACUCUUGCUCCGGCUGACCGCUCCCUACGUCACAGCGGCCACGUGUGAUGUCACGGCUCUACAGUCCCACUACGUCAAAGGGUGACAUCAGCGCUAAAUGUGUUACUUUCGGUGAAACUGUGUUAGCUUAUAAUCUGGGAGUUUGGUACGAAAGUGUCAGUGGAGCAGGUGGGGACUUGGGUUUCUUUCUUUCUUUCUUUCUUUCUUUCUUUCUUUCUUUCUUUCUUUCGUUCUUUUGUUCUUUCUUUCCUUCUAAAUGAAUAUUUUGAUCAAUACUGCUGUUAUUUUAUUUUAUUUUAUUUUAUUUUUGUGGGUGCACAAACUGAAAACAAGUUGACCUAGUGUCCAUGAUCAUAUUUUGCACCCUUUUUCAACCCGUUUAAAAUAUAAAAAAACUGAAUCAGUUGAAUUCUUCCAAGAACAUGCUAUCUCCAUAAAGUAGUAACUUGUUUCCAAUGACUUUUCAAGGGCCGCUUGGAAAACAAUUGUUACUGAAUAAGAAAGGAGAAUAGAAUGGGUCUGCAGUUCGUGUUUGAAGACUGCAGUAAAAAGGGCAGUUGUCAAAGAGAUUAAAUUGUGGACAGUAGUUGCUUUUCUAUUCCUCGAGAUCCCUUGAUUUAGUUUAACUUUAGUAAUAUUUUAGGAGCAAAGCUUGCUACACAAUUAAGUCAUAUACGUUCUGAAUCAGAAUUGUUAAUGGAGGGUAACAUACACAGAAUAGAAGGAGAAAAAGACAAUGACGAUAGAUGUUUGACAGGAAAGAAGAAGCAAACCGGAUUGACGGCUGCUUUAAAACAUAUCACCAAUGUGUGAAUGCGGCUCUUUGAGAUAAAAAGAAAAUGUACAAACAAAAUAUUUAAAAAACACAGUAAGAAUUGAUCAAGUCAAACAAUGCCGAAACUGCAAAAUUGUGACCAUUCUCUUUUGCCCCGGGAGUCUUCAUACGUUUAAUAAGCGACUUGUAGUAAAUCGGGAUGUGGUGUUUGUUUUGUUGGGUUGCUAUGUGCACUUGAAAAUGUUUUUCCUCCGAACACAAGACCUCUUUCCCGACUCUUUAUUGACACGUACCUGUCUUUUGUUUGUUGCUUAAACGAUUCAAAUAUGUGCGCAAUCAACGCAGCAAAUACAAUAAAUCUUGUUUCCGAGCAUG